AUUGUCCUGACCGUAUAUACACAUGUAUACCACUCCGGUCACGACCACAAAAAGGCAGCGCAAGAACCAAUUAGACGUUUCCAUCUGGCAUCUAGCUGAACAACUCGUGCCUUAAAACGAAACUACCAGCAAUCAAUAACAGAUAUUUUUAAGAGAGGAAAUCAGAACAAGCACCCAAUAAUAGUAGAUUGCGAACUGUGCACGGAUCUCUCUAACGCGGAGCGACUUUUCUAAUGUAUCAACAUGACCGCCAUAGAGGGUGAGCCUGUGUUUGGAUCCGGAGAAGACUGCAAGCCAGCAUGGACAGACGCCCCGGCGGACUACGAUACGACGGACGAGCACCUGUCAAUCAUGGGGAAACCCGUCAUGGAACGGUGGCAGACGCCUUACAUGCACAAACUGGCUAAAGUCGCCAGCUGCAACGGUGGCCGUGUCCUUGAAAUCGGAUUUGGCAUGGCCAUUGCCAGCAGCGAGAUUCAGCGGCACAAAAUCGAUGAACACUGGAUCAUUGAAUGUAACGACGGUGUGUUCAAGAGACUACAACAGUGGGUCAGGGAACAGAAGCACAAGAUUUUCCCAAUAAAGGGCAUGUGGCAGGAUGUUGUCCCAACUCUACCCGAUGGACAUUUUGAUGGCAUUUUGUACGACACGUACCCCCUGUCUGAGGCGGAGUGGCACACCCACCAGUUUGACUUCAUCGGGAAGCACGCCUGCCGGUUACUGAAGCCAGGCGGAGUUCUGACCUACUGUAACCUAACUUCAUGGGGUGAACUACUAGAAAACAAGUACGACAACAUUGAAACCAUGUUUAAAGAGACCCAGAUCCCUUACCUUGAGAAAGCAGGUUUCCAGAAAAAGAACAUCUCAUGGGAGGUCAUCUCUAACCAGCCGCCAAAAGACUCACGAAAGUACAAGUUCCCACUUAUGCUUGCACCUAAGUGUAUUAAGACUUAAAAAACAAAAUCAUAUCAUAGCCUUAAGUUUGUUUCUGUUCGUAAUAGAAAGACUUAGAAAACCAAAUUAGUUCAUAGCCUUUGUUUUAAGCUCGUAAUAGAAGCAUUUCUAAAUCAUUGGGACCUUUAUUUCUUUUACGUCUGAUACAUGGUAUGGUUACGAAAAACAUGUUUUCCUUUCAUUGUUGCAAAUGCUUUCAAUCAAAUGCUUUGAUGAUUCUGGUCAUCUUUUUAUUUUUUCUGUUCGUGUCAGGUGUAAUGUCUUGUAGCGUAAAAGAAGGUGUAAUGUCUUGUAGCGUAAAAGAACAUUAUGAUUUGAUAAUAUGUAUGAAAACCGCUCUUGCAUCGAUAUCAAGCAUACCGUAAAUCAUCCAAAGUACCUGGAAAAAAAACUUUUUUUUCAUUUUCCCGCGCUCGCAUCAGUUUAUAGGUUCCCAGAAGAUGAUUUUCAUAUAAUCAAAUCAAGAUAGCAUAAUAUUGAAAACUUGGAAGGCAUGUUAUACUAGUGAACACGCUCGAGUAUGGUAAUGACCAAUCGCCGACGUGGCGAGAAUUGUUUGCAUUUAAGAAUUCUGUAGUAGCCGUGUUAACGUAAAGCCGAUACACAUUCAGCCAAAUACAUCUUAAACUUGGUCCGCAUUAGUUUGUUUCUGAAGGCAAAAUUCUUUGUACACAACCAAGUGCUUUAUUAAAAUAUGUUUCAGUUACCACCUGACACCUUUAUCUCUGUUCCAAACAUUAAGUAUCUAUAUAAAUAAAUAUAUAGUCAAUGUUAGAUAACAAUGAAAAAUUAACGGUAGAAUUAUAUAUGUCAAA